GAGCAAAUACAGCAACACUGAGCUCGUGUCUUUCUUUCUUUCUGUCCGUCGGCUCAUCAUGUCGGGCCUGAACUCUUCUCUGGGCUUCUUCCUGGCGGUGGUGGGUUUGAGUGUGUCGGGCCGCGUUCUGCUGCGCCGCUGGACCAUCCUGCUGGAGUUGGUCUCCGCAUUUGCUCUGUGCGCCUGCAGGCUGGAGGUGGACACCAUCGCAGAGGUGGGACAGUGGGCCGGAGCUCUCGGGCCAGAUGUUGCCGUCACAAUGCUGUUCCUGUCCAUCGCCAUACACACCGCCAUCAUGCAGGAUCUGAGUGGAAACCCGGCAGUGACGCUGCUGCGGCUCCUGCAGAGGGAUGUUAGCGUAGUGGUGGCGGUUCUGAGCAUAGCGGCGCAGCUGAUCGGAGCGUUCCUGGCUCUGGAAGUGGCCGGCAGGUUCUGGGCGAUGGAGCUGAGCGAUAUGCACAUGAUCAAGAACCUGAUGAUGUCCGAGUGCACCACAUCUCUGAGGGUCUCCGCAGCGCUCGGGGUCUCCACUGAAGCUCUCGCUGCACUGCUGCUGCUCCUGCUGCACCUCGUCCUGAAGAACAGAUCACAGAUGCUGAAGAUCCCUGUGCUCUCUGUGGUGCUCACGCUCAUCGCUUACACCGCAAACAACUACACAUCUGGAUAUGUGAAUCCGGCUCUGGCGUACGCAGUGACCUUCACCUGUCCUGGACACUCGUUCCUGGAGUAUUCACUGGUCUACUGGCUCGGGCCGCUCAUCGGUGUGUUUCUUGCAGUCUUCCUGUAUCUGGGAAACAUCCCACUGCUGUUCAGCAAGAAUCUGCUUUACUCCAAGAAAAAUCGCUUCCGGCUGCCCAAAGGAAAAACCAAUGAUGAGAAGAGCAGCUGAGACGACACAAAACACUGACGUCUGUUCAGCACAUCGGCUCUUUAAGAAAGCCCUGUUUUAAUGCGUUACAGUUUUUUUUGAUAAGUAAAUAAAUUGGUUUGUUCUACUGUU